AUGGACCCCGAUCCUGACCCAGUCCCCGUGUUUUCAUUUACUCCCUCCCGAUCGAGCUUCAGGAGUGUAAGAUCGUGUAGUUUAACCUCCCUUACUAUUUUUUAGAACAAACUGCAAAGAGAGAAUAGAUCCAAGACAGGAGUAAAUUUGCCGAGUCGUCAGCGGUGCGAAUGAAUACGAUCAUGUAACACCCCUCUUAAAAAGCCUGUCUUGGUUGCCUGUUAAGGACCAACUGUACUAUCGCCAUGCUAUUAUAGCCUUCAAAUGCAUGACCGGUUAUGCCCCUGGAUAUCUUGCAUCCCAAUUUAUUACCCGUGAGCAAGUUAGCGAACGAACAACUCGGAGUAGCCAAAAGCUAGACAUCCCUCUUUUCAGAACUGCCUCCGGACAGAGAACCUUUUAUUACAGGACUGUUAAACUUUGGAACAAAGUGAACAAUGUGGAAUCUUUUGUUAAGUUAAGCCCAUCUGUUGAAAUUUUUAAACGUUCCUUAAGGAGCCAGCUUUUAGAUAAUUUUGUAAAUACUUCUUAG